AUGUCUGAACCCAUCGCCCAACAUGCUUCCCAGCCCAACUCGGUGCCUAGUGCUGAGAAUCCUGGCAAGCUCGUUCAGGCUUCCGGUAUCGCUGCUCCCUACCAAGAUGCUAUCAAGGAGGCGAUUCAGAAGCGCAUCCAGGAGGGCAAGUCGAGACCCAAACUCGUCGGUAUCCUCGCUACCCCAAGCCCACCCAGUGUAGCCUACGCCGAGUGGACGCGCAAAGCAUGCCAAGCUGUCGGUGUCGAGUUUGAGAUCUGGAAGACCUGGGACGACUCGGUCGAGGUUAGCGAGGAGGAGCACAAGGGCUCUGCGCCUGACUUCGACCUCGAAGCUGACGUCGAGGAUCUCAUCAUUGCUGCCAACGCCGAUGACAAGGUGCACGGUAUCAUGGUGUACUACCCCAUCUUCUUUGGUCGUCAGGAUACUUACCUGCAGCAGAUUGUUGACCCACGCAAGGACGUUGAGGGACUUCAUUUCAGCUACUGCUGGAACAUGUACCACAACGUGCGAUGGAUCUCGCCCGCCAAGCUCGGCAACGCUCCAGGCACUACACGCGAGCUGCCCGAAGAACGUGCCACCCGCGAGGCGCUCAACGACGAGCAGGUGCCUCCUGGUAUGGCCAAGUCGAUCCUUCCCUGCACGCCUUUGGCCAUGGUCAAGUGUCUCGAAGCCAUCGGUGUUUACGACGGCGAGCUUCCCUAUGGCGACCGACUGUACGGCAAGACCAUCACCGUCAUCAAUCGAUCCGAGGUGGUGGGUCGUCCUCUCGCCGCUUUGCUCUCCAAUGACGGUGCCAAGGUCUACUCGAUCGACAUUGACUCGAUUCAGGAGUUCAACAAGCGUGCUGCUGCCGAGUCCUCUUGUCCUAUCCAACCUCAAGGACGUGCUCGUUCCGAGAUUGUCAACAAGGCACAUGCUCAGAACACCGCCUCGCAACUCCGUCCACACCACGUUGUUAGAAAUUGCAACAUGACUGCCGAGGAGUGCAUCCGUGCUUCUGACGUCGUCAUCUCUGGUGUUCCUUCGGCCAACUACAAGGUCGAAACCGAGUGGAUCAAGCCUGGUGCAGUUUGCGUCAACUUUUCGAGCGAGAAGAACUUCAAGCCUGAUGUGCGAACACGUGCGUCGAUGUACCUGCCAGCUAUCGGCAAGACCACCAUUGCUAUGCUCCAGAGGAACUUGCUCCGUCUCGUUGAGUACCGCGAGCUUUCCGAGUCGUCUUCCAAGUAG